AUGACGCGCCCGCUCGUCAUCAAAGAGAUGACCAACGACCAGACGGAGCACCGCUCGUCUGACGAGGCGAGGGAAGCAGCGGUGCGUAUUCUGCACAAUGUCCUAAAGGAAGCCGUCCGUCGAAGAGUCGAAUCGAUCCACGGUGCCACACAAAGUGACGCGUGAGUCGAAGACUUGCCCAAAGUGCGACAUUUUCCCUCCGACAAAUUGUCAAACUCACGUGUUGCCGCUGGGCCGGAUCAUACCUUGAUGCGCAUGCAGCCCCGCCCUCGCUUUGCUCUACUCGGGCGGCCUAGAUUCGGCCGUGCUGGCCGCCUUGACGGAUCUAGUCUAUCCGUCGCAUCAACCCAUCGAACUCCUAACCGUCGCCUUCGCCAAUCCUAGAAAGCUCGCAUCAGCCCGCUCAAAAUGCGUCACGGAAGGUCAUCAGGCUGAGUCAAGUGCGACUUUUGACACGCCCGAUCGCUUGACUGCGAGGAGAGGAGUGCAAGAGCUGCGCGAGAUCAACCCGCAGCGGCAAUGGAGAUUGAUCGAGAUUAAUGUGGAGGCGCAAGAAUACGAAGAUCAUAAGCAAGAGGUGAUGCAUCUGAUGUAUCCCAGCAGCAGUGUUGUGAGUCGAGAUGGUAUCCGUGCAGUUCCUUCUCGUUUGACGCGCUGCUAAUGCAGAUGAUCAUUUGUCCACCUUUGGUCCCCCCCUUUGCACGAAUCAGAUGGACUUGGUGAGCAGGGAAUGAUGAAACAGCACGAUGCGCCCCGUCAAUCCUGCCGCUCCAGCUGACGCAAAUUUGAGCUACGCCGUAGAGCAUCGCAGCUGCCCUAUACUUUGCUUCGCGUGGCGUCGGCUACUUGCCGAGCGACGGGAGCGAGUCCCCUACCGCGCCCUCGGCUGCACGCACUCGCUACAUCAGCCAUGCCAGGGUGCUCCUUUCGGGCUUGGGAGCAGACGAGCAGCUGGGCGGCUAUUCGCGUCACAAAGCCGCUUGGCAAAGGGGUGGCGAAGCGGAACUAGCCAAAGAGGUGCGAAGGCAUGUCAAAGAGAGCGAUCUGGCCAUCUGA